AUGCCACGGGACCUUCCGCAGCUUCCACUGGCCAGUCGGAUCGAAGAACACUUGGCAAACUUCGUUCCCAGAGACCGGCCAGCAAACAAGGAAGAGAACACCACAGGUUCGCGGUCUUUGAUCCCGGAGGCACACACCAAACAGUUGCGAGGUUCGGAGGAAUGGGUACAGCAGCUCAUUAGAUCUACUGCAGAGCACCAAAUCUCGGCACCUCCAUGGUGCCUUGCGUCUCAUCAGCUUGACCCCAUCGAUGAACACCAGUCCAGGGAGGAGGCAGACUUGGCAGAAACGGAGGAAAUUGCCUUCAACAACAGAAGUGUCACCGACACGCCACGUCGGUCAGAGGCUGCUUUGGCAGGGAGGAGCAGUUUGCGACAGGAUAAGAUGCCUGCAACGGCGAGUCAUACCGCAGAGGACUCGUCCGCAGUGAAGGACGCCCAGGACAUGUUCAAGAAAUGCGAUGACGGUGAUGGUGUUCUAUCGCGGGACGAGUUGAAGAGGAUGCAGGCAGAACGCGAGGUCUUGGAUGAGCUCAUUCAUCAAACGCUGGCCGAUCGAAGCUCUUGUCGCGCUGGCCUGCUGAAGGCAGAGAACUCGAAGUUGGCGGAGGUUGAUUUGGACAAGUUGGACACAGACGGAGACGGUGUGGUUUCAAAAAACGAGCUGGCGGCUGUGCUGGACCGGGACUCGACGCAGGACACGAAGGACGAGGAGAUGUUCAAGAAAUACGAUGACGGUGAUGGUGUUCUAUCGCGGGACGAGUUGAAGAGGAUGCAGGCAGAUCGCCAGGUCUUGGAUGAGCUCAUCCAUCAAAUGCUGGCCGAUCGAAGCCCUUGUCGUGUUGGCCUGCUGAAGGCAGAGAACUCGAAGUUGGCGGAGGUUGAUUUCGACAAGUUGGACACAGACGGAGACGGUGUGGUUUCAAAAGACGAGCUGGCGGCUGCGCUGGACUGGGACUCCAUGCAGGAUACCAAGGACCAGGACAUGUUCAAGAACUACGAUGACGGUGAUGGUGUUCUAUCGCGGGACGAGUUGAAGAGGAUGCAGGUUGAUUUCGACAAGUUGGACACAGACGGAGAUGGUGUGGUUUCAAAAGACGAGCUGGCGGCUGCGCUGGACUGGGACUCCAUGCAGGAUACCAAGGACCAGGACAUGUUCAAGAAAUACGAUGACGGUGAUGGUGUUCUAUCGCGGGACGAGUUGAAGAGGAUGCAGGUUGAUUUCGACAAGUUGGACACAGACGGAGACGGUGUGGUUUCAAAAGACGAGCUGGCGGCUGCGCUGGACUGGGACUCCAUGCUGGAUACCACGGACCAGGACAUGUUCAAGAACUACGAUGACGGUGAUGGUGUUCUAUCGCGGGACGAGUUGAAGAGGAUGCAGGUUGAUUUCGACAAGUUGGACACAGACGGAGACGGUGUGGUUUCAAAAGACGAGCUGGCGGCUGCGCUGGACUGGGACUCGAUGGAAGCGCCAAAGAAGGACAGCCUCCAGGUGGCCAUCACCCUGCAGAGCGCAGCUACGCUGAGCCAACAGUCUCGCGAGCUUCUUGACAGCAGUCGGAUGGCAAGUCAGCGGAAGGAAAAGCGCAAGGCAAAGAGGAAGGAGGCUCAAGCCGCCCAGGCCCAGGCCGUUGAGGCCAAGAUGGCCUCGGUUUCCGAGGGCCAGAAGAUUCCUUCAGGCGGCGUACCGGAAGAGAAGGAGACGGAGUCACCUGCGGAUCUGCUUCGUGAUGCGAAAACGGACUUGACGGACGAGCUGGCGGGAGCAGCGCAGCCUGUUACAAGCUUGAACCCUCUAAGCGUAGAGGGUGAAGUGGAAACGAAUGGCACUGUGGAGAAGGAAGCUGCAGGGUUCGAGAAGGAUAUUCCGUCCGCCAAACGCCCUUCGGAGACUCCGGAAGGUUCAGGACAAGAUCGAGACAUAAAGCCCACAAUGGAGAGCGGAAGUCCUCAUCCUCUACAAUUCUCUGUGGAGAUGGCCCCGUCCAAGGAAGAUGCCCACAAGCAAAGCCAGGCACAGCACCAAGGAUUCGAGCCGGCCCAGUUGAACCCUGAUCUACCCUUUGAGACCUUCUGA